CGUUCGAGCAAGGAUCUCUGCAUGCUUGCCUGCGAAAUCAACGGGCUCACACUGCGAUACGCAACGCCACAGCUACGGAACGACGCAGAUCUUGUCCGAGUUGCUGUUGCAGCGGAUUGGCGGUCCUUGCGAUUUGCUAGCGGGCACAUCAGGUCCUCCCUGACCUACGAAGAUAUUGCGCUCUGUGCCAUACGGCAAAACGGAUGGGCAUACAAGUAUCUUCGUGGCGAACUUCGCCACCGCCAUCCGCUCAUCAAGUUGGCAAUCGGACACAAGCCGUGGUGCCUGCGCUACGUGCCAGUGGAGCAUCACGCGGCAAUCGACUUAAUUUCAUCUGCUGCAGAGAUAGACGGCGUUCCCGCUCUCAAAUUCUGUGCGCAUCAUAUUCAAACUGAAGAACUGGUGAAAGCAGCAGUCGUGUCAAACGGGCUUGCGCUGAAGUACUGCGCGCCAGAACUUAUCAGCCGACUCGUAGUUGAGCUAGCGUUGCAGCAAAACCCUUAUGCGCUCCGCUUCGUCAAUGAUAUCAAUCUACGCAACGAGGCCGAGCUGCUGCUGAAACUUCUCGACGGGCCGAGUCCGAUGUUGCGGACCAACUGGCACCAUUGUACAGACCAUCCUGAGUCGGCGCUUCAGUUGGUGGACGUGCAGGGACGGAACGAUGAAUCAAAAGCAAAACAAGGGCACACAAAACCGACAUUGUUCAGCUCUCCCCACCACGGCGACUGCCAAAACGGAGUAGUUCGCAGUACGGAAGCAGACUGUGCCCCUUUGCGCAUUCAGGGAUCACAGUCUACAGGAAGCAGCCUUGUUCCUCCGUGCCCGUGGACGCACCCAUGUAGAUGUUCCACGUGUCAACUAAGCCGUAUGAAACUCGACCGCACUCCGGCCAGGUUCUCGAAAUGUUAUCAAGCUAGCAAUGAUGAGACAGUCCGUCGGUAUGCUUGCCUGUUGCAGCGCUACAUCCAAGUAUCUGACUUCUGCGGCGAUGGGGAGCACAUCUGCAACGCGGUGUGCCGACAGGAAAGCCACCGCUACCCCACUACCGACAUCUUCAAUGAAGAUAACCUCGUCCUCUUGCACAAUUUCGAGAACCUGCAGGAGGAAGACUUCGACUCGGUUCCAGAGGAUCUUCCGACUCUGAUUCUGCAAAACCUCCCUGCAGAGCAUGCUGUUCGAGAUAACGCGGAAAUCAUCCGUCGGUGUGUCCGCCUUGACGCCCUUUCGCUUGAGCACGCCAGUCCGCGACUUCGAUCCGACCGCGGUCUCGUCAAAGAAGCGGUUGCUCAAAAUCACGACUCGUUUCUUUUUGCCGGAGACGAACUCCGUCGGGAUCCGGAAUUCGUUGUGGAACUCAUGGAACAAGGAUGCGCU